UCGGGUGUGUUGCAUAUGGCCGAGGAUCGAGACUAUAAAACGGCAUUCUCCUACUUCUACGAGGCUUUCGAAGGCUUUGACAAUACGAACGAAGAGGUGUACGCGAGAAAAGCGUUGAAGUACAUGUGCCUGGCGAAGAUUAUGAUGAAUGAAGCCGAAGAAGUACCGUCGAUUCUGUCGGGCAAAUUGGCUCUCAAAUAUAAGGGCAGAGAUGUGGAAGCGAUGCAGUCGGUUGCACAAGCAUUUCAACAACGUUCACUGCUUGACUUUAAUAAGGCGUUUCAUAAAUUCAGUGAUGAACUGAACAAGGAUGCAAUUGUAAAGUCGCAUUUCCAUGUGCUCAGUGAAUCAAUGCUCGAAAAGGAUAUCAGUCGAUUGAUCGAACCGUAUUCUGUGAUCGAGGUUUAUCCAGUUCCUAUUAUUCUGUGGAGAUUACGAUUGGAUUAUUCCGAAAAGGAGUUAAGAAUGAUGAGUUACAACUGA